AUGGGUUUAACAGUUUUAAACGACCCUGAUAUAAACAAAAAACCAAGACUAAAAAACAAAUGGGCAUCACAAAAGAAGGAAAAAAAAUCUACGACAAAAAAGUCUGUAACAAAACGUAAGAGGACUCCUAGCAUUACCACGACAGAUGAAAGCAUUGAAAUGAGUGUACAUAGUGAUUCUGACUUAUUAGAUUGCCUCAGUGAUAUAUUACCUGAUAACUUUGAUACAUGGAACAAGACUGACUUAAAUUAUGAGAGAAAAAAGACUGAAUUAGAACCUUUAUCUAAAGAUCAGGUAAUUAAACAAAUUGUUAAAAAUUUACAGGAAGUAGAAAAAACCGCACAGACCUGCAACACCUGCGACGAAACUAUUGAGACAAAAGAUAUUUGGAAAGACAAAGAUAGCGAUUAUAUAAAUACUUUAGAUAAGGCAACGCAAAAAGUGACUAUGUUAUCAUCCGUAAAAUUGACACCUGAAAACCAAGCUUUCUACAAAACUCACGGAAGUUUACAACUUAAACCUAUUAACAUAGAUAGGGAUAUAUUUAUAGAUUUAAAGGAGAAAAAACUACAAAAUACAGACAUAGGUCAUACAUCUAAGAAAAAAAUAAAAAAUGGAUAA